AUGGCAUCGUUGGGUUCCAAUCGCUUCAAACAGCACAAGACUAAAAAAGUUACGAAACGCACAUCAUCCAAUCCGCUCAAUAAUCUGCCACAGCAUCAAAUAACCGAACUGUGUGAAUUGUUUCGUCUAAUCGACACGAACAACAAAGGUGUGAUUGAGAGGGAGGAUGUACGCACCAUGCUGACCCUGUGGAAUGAUAGUGCACCGACAGAGAAACAACUAGACGGGAUGCUAAGUGAUGCCUGCGGUGUCGGGCUUAACCAAACGCUCUUCCUUACAUUGUUUGCGCAGAGGCUGAAGGAAGUAGAUACACCGGAAACAAUCAAAAACGCCUUCCAAUGUAUAGACAUCGAGAACAUGGGAACGGUGAAUGCCCAAGAAUUGCGGGAUUUGCUAGUCACGAAAGGUGAGCAUCGUUUAACGGAUACGGAAGUGGACGAAAUCUUCUCCCGGAUGACGUUCAAAGAUGGUCGGUUGGAGUAUGAUGCUUUCACGAGGAUGUUCCAGAAUUGCCAGAAUAACAGCUAG